CGGACCCACAGCCCCUGGAGGCAGAGGCGCUUGCAAGGAGUCAAGACCUGUGGCCCAGGAGCUGCUGUCCUCCCACAAUGCGGUUCUUCGCUCUGGUCCUGGGCUCCCUGGCUGCUUGCACUGCUUGGGGGCACCCACCUUUGCCCCCUGUGGUGGACACCGUGCAGGGCCCGGUCCUGGGGGAGUAUGUCAGCCUAGAAGGCUUUGCACAGCCCGUGGCCGUUUUCCUGGGAGUCCCCUUUGCCAAGCCGCCGCUCGGACCCCUGAGGUUUGCUCCUCCGCAGCCUGCAGAUCCAUGGACCUUCGUGAAGAAUGCCACCUCCUACCCUCCUAUGUGCUCCCAAGAUGCCGUGUCAGCCCAGAUGCUCUCUGAGCUCUUUACCAACAGAAAGGAGAACAUUCCUCUCAAGUUCUCCGAAGACUGCCUUUACCUAAACAUCUACACUCCCGCAGACUUGAAGAGGAAGAGCAGGCUGCCGGUAAGCACAGGGGAUGAACACAGCCGGGGCAACUGGGGUCACUUAGACCAGCUGGCCGCGCUGCGCUGGGUCCAGGAGAACAUUGCCAACUUUGGAGGGGACCCAGGCUCUGUGACCAUCUUCGGAGAGUCUGCGGGAGCUGAAAGUGUCUCUGUUCUUCAUCCAUAUAGCCACACCUGCUUCAGGGGUGGAGCCAGGACCGUAACCCCAGACCAAGUCUCCCAGCAAAGUGCCCAGAUAGCAGUGACUGCCUGUUAG